AUGAAGCGCAGCCGCCCGGCAAAGUCCAAGGGGGGAAAGCAGCCCCCUGGCAUCGGCGACGAGGUGACCGGCGAGGAGGCCAGAAACCUCAAAACGAUGAUUGAGAGCGGCGGCGUGGCCGCCCUGGACUACACCCAGGUGCUGCGGGUGAUCAAGGCGGACAAGCCCUGCGAAGGCCUCUACUCCAAGUCGUGCAAAGGCAAGGGCGGCAACCCCAACUGCCUGUGCAACCUGCUGCCCGCGCCCGACGGCUUCCGCCGGCAGGGGCUGUGGGCCAAGGAGGCCGACGUGCUGGGCACGCUGGGCCCAGAGCCCAGCGCCACCAAGCGAGAGGACCGCAGCAAGCCUGUGGGCCUGAAGAACCUGGGCAACACCUGCUACGUCAACAGCGUGCUGCAGUGCCUGUUUGCCAACACCGCCUUCCGCCGGGCAGUGUACGCGCUCAAGCAGCCGCUGGCGGAUGAGCCGAUCGUGAAGGAGCUCAGGCAAGCACGCGAGGCGCGCAAUCCUGUCGGCCCGCUCACGCUGCUGCGUGUACCCCCGCAGCUGUUUCUGGCCAUGGAGCACGGCUGCACCGACCCAGCUGAUCCAGAGCCGCUGGCCAAGAGCCUGAACUUGGACCACGGCGUACAGCAGGAUGGGCAGGAGUUCAUGAAGCUCUUCCUGUCCCUGCUGGAGGCCAAGUUUGGGCAGCAGGAGGAGCUGCAGGAAGUGAUACAGGUGGGGGAGCCGGAGGGGCAGCUGCGCGCGGCAGCGCGGGGGGGCUGGCAGGGCGAUGGCUGGCAGCACACGCACAGCAGCAAGCGCAACGACAAUUUCUACGAGGUGGAUGUGCCAGUCAAGGGGUUCAGGAGCCUGCAGGACUCCCUGAACAGCAUGCUGAUGCCGGAGACGAUGGAAGGCGACAACCAGUACAGCUGCGAGUUCUGCGCGCGCAAGAAGAAGGGCGGGCGCGGCGGCGGCGGCGGCCGCGGCCGCGGCGGCAAGGCUGCGGGCAGCGGCGGGCGCGGCGGGCGGGUCCGCGGGAAGAAGGGAAAGGCUGACAGCAGCGAGGACGGCGGCGAGGGCGCGGGCGCCGACUCAGACCCCGACUUUGAGCCUGACGCUGACCUGGCGGCCGCGCUGCGCGCCUCGCUGGCGGCGCCGCCACCCGGCGCCGCCGCCGCAGCAGUUGACCAGCAGCAGCAGCAGCAGGGGGCUGCCCAGGAGCAGGCGGGGCAGGCGGGGGAUGCGCAGGGGGAGGAGGAGAUUGUGAGCAGCAACGCGUACCUGCUGGUGUACCGCCGGCGAGGCUCCGACCUGCCACUGGUACCGCUGGAUGGCGAGCAGCAGGCGGCGCUGGCGGCGGCGCAGGCGGCAUUUGCAGAGGAGCAGCAGCGGGGUGCAGAGGCGUAUGCCGCCGCCAAGCAGCAGCUGCUGGAGCGGCAGAAGCAGCGGCAGGAGGAGGUGCGGGGCAUCGUGGAGGCGGCGGCGCAGCUGGAGGAAGGCGACCCGGGGCGCUUUGUGGCGUCGGACUGGCUCACGGCGUGGGCGGACGCGGGGGUGGAGGCGGGGGCGCCUCAGCCAGUAGACAACGCCCCGCUGCUGUGCCCGCACAACAAGCUGGACCCAGCCAAGCUGGCAGCCGCGCGCCGCAUCAGCACCCCGGCCUGGGAGCAGCUGCGGGGGAGGUAUUGUGGCGGGCCGGAGCUGGGGCCGGGCGACGCCUGCCCCACCUGCCUGGCCGCCUUCCUGGACCACAUUGUGGCCAAGGAAGACACCCAGGGCCUGAAGGAGCACUUCAUGGCUGUGGCCGCAGCGGUGCUGGCUGGGGAGGGGGAGGGGCAGGGCCAGGAGCCCGCCUUCUUCGUCAGCAUGCCCUGGCUCAACGCGUGGCUGAAGCAGCGCAAGGGGAGCAUGGGAGGCACGCACCCCACCAAGGACAUCACCUGCCCCUGCGGCCGCCUGGCACCAGAGAGCUCCAAGACGCGGCGGGUGGGCAUCCCAGAAGACUUCUGGCGCUUCCUGCAGCGCAGUUGGCAGGCGGCCUGCGCGGAGCGGCGCGCCAGGGAGCAGCGCCGCACGCUCAAGUCGGGCGGCGGCGGCGGCGGCGCCUGGGAUGCGGCAGACUCGCAGCAGCAGCAGCAGCAGCAGCAGCAGCAGCAGCAGCAGGAGCAAGGGGCUGCAGAAGUGAUUGAGGUCCUAGACUCCCCCAAGGCGCCCGGCCUCGAGCCGGGUGCUGCAAAGGAGGAGGAGGAGGCAGCGCAGGAGCAGCAGCGGCAGGCCGGGGGACGGCGGCGGCGGCGAGGCGGCGGCGGCGGCGGCGAUGGAGCGGCGGCCUCCGCGGCAGGCGAGGCGGACGGGGAGGUGGAGGAGGUGGAGGAGGUGCUGCCCAACGGCAACCACCCGGCUGCGGCGGCGGCAGGGGCCAAGGAGGAGGAGGUGGUGAUGCUGGAUGGCGGGGAUGGGGCGGCUGGGGCCGGCACAGGCAGCGCGGCAGCAGCAGCAGCAGCAGCGGCAGCAGCGGCAGCAGAGGAUGCGGCGCGGGCGUUUCCUGUGUGGCGCGGCGAGUGUGGGGUGUGUGCCGGGCACCUCAGGGAGGCCAGCAACGCUCUCAAGGGCCUGCAGGGGCGGCUGGCCGAGGAGAAGGCGGAGCUGCAGCACCUGCUGCAGCCGCAGGCGGCGGCGCUGGUGCCGGGGGCCAGCUACCGGCUGGUGCCGGCGGCCUUCAUGGCGCGGUGGCGAGCCUACAUGCAGCAGGCGGGCAAGCGGGCACUGUCGCCCAGCUCCAAGGCGGCCCAGAUUGUGCAGCCGCCCGAUCUGGCAGAGGCGAUGCUGGGGGUGCUGUGUGAAUGGACGCUGGCAGACGCAGACGCGGCCGGCGCCGGCGCGGCCGCCGGCGCCGCCGCCGCCAGUGCCGCUGCCGCCGCCCCUGCCGAUGCGGGCGUGUUUGAGGUGCUGCCUGCACAGGACUGGUUCGCCCUGACUGCCUACUAUGGACCAGGCAGCGAGGGUGGCGGCGGCAAGAAGCGGCGGCGGCAGGCGCAGCGGUACGGCGAGCAGCUGGAGGCGCUGCUGGAGCGAGGCAUAGAGGCCACCUUCUUAGUCGAGGGCGGCACUCCACCAGGCGGCGGCGGCCCCGGGGGCCAGCCCGCGGCGCCGCCAGCAGAGGCCGGCGGCGGCGGCGGCCAGCCCAGGCGCGGCCGCGCGGCGGCGGCGGCGGCUUCGGCGGCGGCGGCGGGCGACGAGGCGGGCAGCGACGGGGAGGCGUUUGCCGGGGAGCGGGUGAUGGUGAUCGGCGAUGAGAACAAUCCCUACAAGUGCAACCGCCAGCACAACACGCGGGGCGCCGCGGGCAGCGCCUGCUUUGUGACCGACCCGCCGCUGUGCCAGCAGGCGGUGGCGGAGCGGCAGGCGCGCCUGCGGGCUGCGCUCCUCAGCUAUGCCAAUGAAGAGGUGGCUGUUGAGCUGGUGGCGAGCGCCGAGGAGGCGGUGGCGGCGGGAGAGGCGGCGGCCGGCGCAGGCGAGCACGGCAGCGCGAGGGCCUUGUGCAUGUCGGGGCGAGGCACGCAGCUCCCUGCGAGCCAGCGCAAGAGCAAGCGUGCGCGCAAGGGGCGUGCCUGCGUGUCUGUCAGCUCUGGAGACACGCUGCAGCAGCUGCGGUACCACGUGCUGCAGAGCCUGGAUGUGCACCCCAGGAACGCGCAGCUCUUUGUCAGGUGCUGCCUGGGGGCAGGGGGCGCACCGCUGACGCAGGGCGACAGCGCCACGCUGGCGGAGUGCGAGAUCUACCCGCAGGACGAAAUCAAAGUGGUGGACAGCGGCGAGCACGACGCCUCAGACCUGGCCUCCCUCUUCCCCGCGUAUGCCGGCAAGGCGCGGCGGCCGCGCGAGGCGGAGCGCGGCUUUACCGGCACCGCCCUCACUGGACUGACGCCCGUGGCGGCGGCGGCGGCGGCCGAGGACGCGCGUGCUGAUGUGGGCGAGGGCGGGCCCAUCGACAUGGAUGCCGAGCUGGCGGCAGCGGCGGCCGCCGAGGAGGCACAGGACGGGGCGACGGCCGAUUGA